AUAACAUCGAAAUGCUGAAAGCUUUAUAUGAUUUUCAAGCCGCCUAUCCCAAAACGAUUAGCUUCGAUGAGGGUGAAUAUUUUAUUUUAUAUCAGACCUCGGCAAGACAAAGGAACUGGUGGCAAGUGGUCAGCAUGAAGGGCAAUAUUGGCUUUGUGCCCUCCAAUUACGUAAUGAAAAUUAAGGUUGAACCAGAUUUCCUAAUCAGUUUCCUAAAUUCAUCCAUUGAAUCACUGGAACUAUCCAAAGAAACUGAAAUAAAUGGAAUUAUGCCCAAAGAAGAACUCCUAGAGAGGCUGAGAGAAAAGAAAAUCUCGAUGGAGAGAAUGUAUUUGGACAAUUCCGAGCGUGAUGCCGAUUCAUCAUUAUCAUUUUCACAGAGUAUUGGAGAUGGCAAACAUAGUGCACCACAUGCACAGGAACAUCGACCUCACAGUCCACCACAUUCUAAACGUUUGGAUAGUAGUAAAAAAUCAAUAUCAAGUCCUUCCAUGGCCACCACAUUGCCUCUAAUGAUAUCGGAGUCGCCCAGUAUGGGUUCAAUGCAAGUGCAGACCCAACAAAGUCAACAGCAACAACAACAGGCUCAAUCACCAUCACCUGCACAAAAUAAAGUCAAUGAUGUAGCUCAAGAUAAUAGUGUUACCUCCGAGCAUUCUGAGACUACGACAACAACUACAACAACAAGUGAGGAUGUCAUCACCACCUAUAAAGAACCAAGUCUAAAUGAUUCCUCGGCAUCGUAUACACAUUCGAAAGAAAAUGGAACACUUAAAUCGGACAAGGAGUCGUCAUUGGCGUCAACGACGACGACAACGACGUCCAACAAAGAACGAAAGUCCAAAGAAAAGGUGAACAAAAUAAAUGAGGCUGACAGCCGAAAUCAUGCUAAGACACAAAAUGGUAUUGCUGAUAAGGAUGACAAGACAACAACAACUGGUAAUGACCGUUCCGAGGGUAGUGACGCUGCUGCUGAUGGCAGUGAUGAACGAAAUGCGGCCAAUGGCCAGGCCGUUAAGGGUGACAGUAAUGACAACAGUCAGGCGCUGGAUAGUGAAGAUAGUGCUGCUGCAUUACAACAGUUACAUGCAGCCGCUGCAGCAGCUGCCUUGGCUCAUACCGGAGGUUAUCCAAGACCAAAUUUAAAAGUCGAAUCGUCAGAUGUCUAUCAAAUUGUCGAUGUUAUACGUCGCAAUACAAAUUUAAGUUUUGAUUUAUCCUGCGAAGCGUUGCGUGUUGUUCUAACCAGUUUAGAGCAAUUGUAUAAUGGUGCUAUUAAUCCCUAUCUGGAAGCGGUGGCCAUACAUGUUACCGAAAAGGUAGAAACGCCCAAGGAGCUACUCGGUAUGACCCACGAUGCCAAGAAAUUGCAAUAUAUAUUUUCACAGCUGGCUGAUUGUAAAAAUGAUUCGGAACAGCGAACAUGGAUGUUGUAUGAGGAUGAAGAUGAUAUUGUGCAAUUCUUGGAGGAUCUUAUUGAUAUAUUGAGCAAUGCUGAUGAAACCAUUUGCUGUUAUGAAAUGUCCUGUGACCAAUAUCAGGCUUUGGUCAAUCUAGUACAAUACUAUCAAAUGGAAACACGUUGGAACAUAAAACGUCUCUUGCUGAAAACUUUUACGGCCGCCUGCCACUUGGAUCACAUUAUUGUCGAUAUCCUAUUGACUUCGGUAUUGCCUUUGGAAAUUGUUGAAGAUAUGAAAACGAAUUUUGCGAAUUUAGAUCGUUUUAAGCAGCUAGUCAAAAUGUUAACAAUUAUAUUUUCAUUGGGCCAACCGAUGCCAGUUAAUCAUCAGGAUUAUCUUGGCGUUCAUUUUGCCUCAUUCCUGCUGGAAAUUAUCGAAGGCAAUAAUCCUGAAAUACUCGUUGAUAUGGUUAUAUCAUUGGUUUUAGCUUUUAAUUUGCAAUUUAAUGAUAGCAAUCAUAAUGUUGUGGUCGAAGCAAUGCAAACAUUACCCUCAGCGAAAGUGUUUACCGAGAAGAUACUAUUGCUAUUGAAUCGUGAAGAGGAUCCUAUUAAACUGCUAAAACAUUCAACGGAUUGCAUGAAUUCAGUAUUGAAAAUGUUCAUUGAUAUCUUCAGUGUUGCGGAGACGGCAGCAAUGUUCUAUACCAACGAUACUAAAGUAUUAAUUGAUAUUAUUGUUAGACAGCUGACAGAUUUAUGUGCUGGAAAUCCGAUGAGACGUUGUUAUUUGGAAUUGUGUCGAAGAAUUCUACGCAACACCGACUACCAGGAACAUCAGCAUCGUAAACAAGAUUUUAUGAAAAUCUUUACACGAAUAUUUUGUGAGGAAACCGAAUGCAGUGCCUCCGAUCAGAAAUUGGUCCGUGAAAUAGCCAAUGAAUUUCCACAGAUAUUUAAGGCUUAAAUUUAUAAAAAAAAC